UAAAGCAUUCACAACAAAAACCAUGAAGUUUGCAAUUGUUUUAUGCCUGUUCGGUUUGGCGUUGUCUGAAAACCUACACGGUAGAACUGCAUUCGGUUCGUCGUAUCUAAGUCAAGAUGGAUUAGAUCCCGGAUAUGGUACAAAUAUAGGAUAUUUACCUAACCUCGGAUACGGUGCUAAUUUGCCUCAUACGUCAACUCUCGGAUAUGGGACCAGAUUCGGACAUCGUGCAACUCUGGGAUAUCAAGCUGGACAAGGAAUCAACGGCUGGCAAGGUUAUGGAUCCAGAUUCAAUGCCUUUAAUGGUUAUAACGGUAAUGGACUUACUGCCUUUGGGACAAAUUCAGCCUAAUCCAGGCAACCGAUUACUUUUCCCCAGUACAGCGUACAUUCAGCCAAACCAGUUCCAUUCUCGUCACAAUACGGCGUACACGGUGUCUAUCCUCCAAGUGUCAUUUAUGGAAACGAAUACGGUCACGGCUAUGGAGGUUAUGGUAAAAAGUGGUAAUAAUUCAAUUAAAGAUUUAUGGAAUCUAA